UUCGCCUCACUGAGUAGUAUUUCACAUGUGCACAAAAGCGACUAGUAUUCGGACAUGAACAAUUGGCCCGGUACUAGAUCAAGUUGGGAAUUAAUGCGUUUAAUCUGGAUUUAAAUAACGCCUGUUGGCAAAAUGAAGAUAGACAUUCAUACACAUAUACUACCGGAAACCUGGCCUGAUUUACGUGAGCGCUAUGGUUACGGCGACUGGGUACAGCUGGAUCACAGCUGCGAGGGGCGCUGCGCGAACAUGAUGAAGGGAGGCAAGUUCUUCCGCAAGGUUGAACCCAACUGCUGGUCCCUGCAGGAACGCCUCCGCGAGAUGGACGCUACCGGGGUGCGCGUGCAGGCGCUUUCCACGGUGCCUGUCAUGUUCAGCUACUGGGCCAAGCCCUCGGACACGCUCGACCUAUGUGAACUAUUGAACAACGAUCUGGCCCGCUCUGUGGCGCGGCAUCCGGACAGAUUCGUCGGACUGGGAACCAUUCCUCUUCAAGCGCCUGAACUCGCUGUCAAGGAGCUGAUCCGAUGUAAACAGGAGCUUGGUUUCCCUGGUGUCCAGAUUGGUUCUCAUGUUAACGACUGGAACUUGGACGCCCCCGAACUUAGAUCCGUGUUUGCGGCGGCGGAGGAGCACGGCGUUGCAGUCUUUGUUCAUCCCUGGGAUAUGGAGGAGGGAGGACGCAUGUCCAAGUACUGGAUGCCAUGGCUGGUGGGCAUGCCGUCGGAGACUACCGCUGCUAUCUGCUGUAUGACGAUGGGAGGUGUGCUGGAGCAGUUUCCGGGUCUCAGGGUCUGCUUUGCACACGGAGGUGGUGCGUUCCCGUACACGGUUGGUCGCAUCGAGCACGGGUACAACGUGCGACCGGAUCUCUGCGCAACAGCCUGUAAGACGAAUCCCCGGAAGUUUCUCGGCAAGUUCUACACGGACGGCCUCGUGCACGAUGCACGUGCGCUCGAGUACCUCGUGGACGUCAUCGGUCAGGAGCGCGUCAUCUGCGGCUCGGACUACCCGUUCCCGCUGGGAGAGCAUCAUCCGGGCAAGCAGAUAGAAGAGUCGGCAUUCAGCCAGGAUAUCAAGGACAAGUUGCUCUUCAAAAAUGCGUGCGAGUUUCUAGGUUUGGACCCUGCGUCUUUUGAAAAAACAACAACACUUGAUUCUUAACAAUACCUGUGAAUAAUAAAAUUACGUGCAUGCAUUUAUGUGUGUGAUAUGUUGACUUUUUAUUGUGAUAUUAAUUAGACUCCAAACCCAUUGCCGGUGACGUUCUAAAACUUGUGCAGCUCCAGAUGUUUAGAACUGUGCGACUCCAUAAGCCGAUUUCGCUUUUUAAACACGUCUUUCAUAUCAUUGCAUGUACAGUUUUGUGUAUUAAAAGUGUGUACAUGUUAAAUUAAUGACAUUAAAUUGUUUUGAAUGA